AUGCGCCGCCCCGGCCUGUGGGGGCUCCUGUGGCUGUGGGUGCCCGUGGCCACCGCCCCCCCCGUGCGGCUCCAGACGGUGCAGGAGGACGCGAGGAACCUCACCCGCACCCUCAGCACCCGCAUCCGGCACCUGCAGCUGUCACCGCUGUCGCAGCCGCUGCCGAGGGCCGCCGAGGCUCUGGGGGCCACCGAGGGGGCUCUGGGGGCCACCGAGGGGGGUCCGGGGGCCACCGAGGGUCUGGGGGCCACCGAGGGUCUGGGGGCGCUGGCCCGGCGGCUGCAGGCGCUGCAGCGGCUCUUGCCCACGGGCCACCUCGCGCUGGCCCAGGUGGCCAACGACGUGGAGAACCUGCGCAGCCUCCUGGCCCUGAUGGCCACCGGCCCGGGCUGCGAGCCCCCCCCGCGCCCCCCGAGCCCCCCAACACCCCUGGGAGGAGCCCCCCACACCGCCGCCCGUGUGGCUCUGGCGCGGCUGCGCCUCUGCCUCGAGAGCAUCGCCCGCAGCCUCGAGGGGACCCCCGCCUGCUAG